AUUACCAAAUAAUAAAUUAAAAUAAAAUAAAAACUCCUCGAGACGAACAUCUUCCCCACCUUCUUCUUCUUCAACUCAAAAAACUUCUUUCUCUCUAGAUCAAAUUUAAAAAAAACGUUUGUGGGUUCUGAUCAUAUGUUCUUUAAUGGUUUGCUAUGAUUCUCAUUCUUCUAGUCUUUUAGCUUUCUCGAGGGUCCCAUUAGUGUGAUCUCCUCAGAUCUGAUUGGUUCGAUUCUAUUUUUUAAUUUUGUUUUGGAGAUUUUUUUUCUAGUUGUUGUGUAAGUUCGGACACGAGACAAACAAACCUUCAAAUCAAAAAAUGUUGACACACGACAGAGAUGAAGAACUCUCUAUGUUCCUUGAGAUGCGUCGACGCGACAAAGAACGUAGAGGAGAAUCUCUUGUAACAGGAUCUGAUAGUACUAGUAUCAACGGAGCGUUGACGACUGCUGCUGCUGCGGCGCUCUCUGGUGUCUCUGAAACGGUGUCGUCUCAACGUUAUCCUCUCCGGAGAACCGCAGCAGAGAACUUCUUGUACUCAGAGAAUGAGAAAUCCGAUUACGAUUGGCUGCUUACGCCGCCAGGCACGCCUCAGUUUGAGAAAGAGUCACAUAGGAGCGUAAUGGAACAGAGUGAGGCUCCCAAUUCUCGCCCCACGAAUCUUAAAUCUCGGUUAGGGAACUGCCGUGAAGAUAAACCCCAAAUGGCAUCAUCCUCGUUAGCUGGACUCAGAAGACCGUCUUCAUCUAGUAGCUCAAGGUCCACGAGCAGACCUUCCACACCAACCAGAAGGUCUACAACCCCAACCACAACCACUUCCACAACAAGGCCUGUGACAACCACUAGAGCUUCAAACUCUAGAUCCUCAACACCCACCUCACGUGCAACAUUAACUGCUGCACGUGCUACUACCUCCGCAACGGCUCCACGCACCACAACAUCUAGAUCAGCUACUCCAACUCGGACUAAGACUCAGCCUUCUUCUGCACCUUCUAAAAAACCUUUAUCAAGGUCGGCCACACCAACCCGCAGGUCUCCAACCCCGACCGGUCCAUCAAUAGUUUCGAGUAAAGCUCCCUCUCGAGGGACUUCUCCAACUCCAACCCCGACCGGUCCAUCAAUGGUUUCUAGUAAAGCUCCCUCUCGAGGGACUUCUCCCACUCCAACUGUGAAGUCGUCGAAGCCAUGGAAGCCGCGGGAGAUGCCUGGAUUCUCAUUAGAAGCCCCACCGAAUCUGAGGACCUCUGCAUCAGAUAGACCAGUCUCAGCUACAAGAGGCAGACCUGGAGUAGCCUCUGCACCAGGCUCAAGAUCAAAUUCCAUAGAACGUGGCAACGGCGCCGCCAGUAAUGGCGUCGGACACGCAAGAAGGCAAUCUUGCUCCCCGUCAAGAGGCCGUGCUCCUGUAGGGAGCAACAACGGGAGCCUCCCAGGUGCACGUGGGCGAGGAAAGGCCAACAACGGCGAUAGCCCAGUGGCUAUGGGUAAUAAAAUGGUCGAGAGAGUGGUGAACAUGAGGAAACUAGGUCCACCACGGCUAACAGAGAGCGGUGGUAGAGGAACGGCCAAAUCUAGCUCUGCUUUUAACAGCCUUGGCUAUGGGAGAAACCUCUCCAAGAGCUCCAUCGAUAUGGCCUUGAGACAUAUGGAUAUAAGACGAGGCAUGACAGGGAAUCUCCGGCCGCUUGUCACGAAAGUUCCGGCAUCAUCAAUGUACAGCGUGCGAAGCCGGCCGAAUAGUGUCACCAACUCUCCGAUGGCUACGAGCAGCACUGUCAGCUCAUCCGAACCGAACUUGGACAACAUCAACAUUUUGUGCUUAGAUGGGAACGAUGCUGAAAACGAUGAUCUUCUUAGCGAGAGAAGCUUUUCUUCUCCGCGAGACCAGUUCCCUAAGUUCACAUCUUGACUUAUAAGUACAAUAUAUCGUAUGUUCUUGUUUUUGGUACCAUACUUAACGUGUCUGUAAUCGAACAUUCGUAAAGUCUAUGAAACUCAUGUGUCAAAUGUC